AUGUCUGAAGGAAAUGGAGCGCUCAAAGAGCCGAGUCAGCCAGAUGGGGUACGCCCUGCCUCGGGUCGGGUAUCCAGUGCUUCCAUGAUGCGUUCAGUUCUAUCCUCUUCCGAGUCCUCUCCCUCCUCUGAAUCGGUCCCCUGGUCAUCGGCGAUUGGGCAUGCUGGCACGGGAAAAUCAGGCAGAGUAAUUGAGCGACUUCAAGGAGAUAUCGACCGCCUGCGGCGCGAGAAACAACUACUCAAGACGCGGCUUGAGGAGGCAGAGAAAGAGAAUGAGACUUGGAAGACACGGAACCAAUCGCUGCAGGAUCGGACCAGCAACUACGAGCAGUCUCAUGAAGCAAGCCUUCGCCAACUGACACGGCGGGAGAGACAAGUCGAGGAGUUACGAGAAGAGCUGAGGAAGGAAAAGUUGAAGACCGCAACUGCAGAAUCCCAGGCAGCUGCUGCAGCUUCCAAUGAGGAGGUAUGGAGAGACCAAGCCAGCCAGGCGAAGGCUCUUGCUGUCCAAAAGGAAGUAGAGUACGAAACCGUGGUCGCAUGUCGCAAGGUAGAUUACGAUCGACAUCAAAGCGGAUUGGAAAAGAUCAAGGGCAGUUUCGACGCCCUUCUGCGGCGACAGCAGGAUGAUUUGGACAAGCAGAAGAAAUUGGAGAUCAUCGCCGAGCAGCAACGGCAGACCAUUGCCCAGCUCGAAGAGUUGACAAAGAGAUUGACGACAAACUUCAAGGCUUACAGACACGAAGUCGACGCGGCCAUCUCCGAUCUUCGCCAGGCGGCGAACCACAACGACCAAGUAGUGGCUCAGAAGCUGGACGAGAUGAUUGAGGUGACAGGAAGGAUGCGAUGGGUCAUGAGAGUUGACGAUAUUGUGAAUCAUAACCAUCGCGGUCCAGCGCAAGAAGAAUCCCAGCACCCGCGGAAAGACCACGUCGCCCGACCGCAUACGGCUAACGAAGAGCUUACGAAAAGAAGCCGCAGCCCCACAAAGAAUGUGCUCACCAAACACAGGCGGAAAGAUUCAGCAAAGGUGGCGAGGUAA